AAACUUAUUAAAUAGGUGUUGAGUUGUUGCAUUGUUUUUGCGGGUGUGUUUUGGAGUGUGCAGUAAUUUUAUGUGGCAAUGAAGUCGUGGAGUGGCGUGCAGUUGCUCUGCUUCUCCUGGGAAGAUGUAUGCCAGGCACUCUGGCUCAGGUACCCCAACUCAUACUCGCCACACGUGACCUCAGAAGACACUCUGCAGAGAACUUGGACUGCUGCCUCUUCUGCAGUUGUGAACACUAACCCCCCUCUUGCUGACUCAUCAAUCGUGGAUGGGAGUGGUGGUGGUGUUUCUGAAGAGCGCCCUGCUCAAUUGUACUCUGUGAGAAUGUUCACUAAAAGGAGCAUCGUUCCCCAGUGGGCCCAACGUAUCACUAAUACAUCAUUCGUACAUGUCAUCGAACAUUCCCUCGUAGACCGUAAGCGAAAACUAUUCGUAACGGUGACUGAAAACCUCAACCAACGAACUUCAAUGUGUGUGACUGAGCGUUGCACGUACUCAUCUGCAACAAAUUACAACAGAGAACAUCUAAUCGACUCUGAAAACAAAAACUCAUCUCAGACCAAAUCGCUUUCCUCGAUUAACCCGAAGUCUUGGCUCUUUUCUCGCAGAACAACCGAAUCCGAAUCGGACAGCUUAGAAAAUCUGUCGUCCAAUGUGAAAUCUCGGCUGUCAAAUGUUUCGUCUGAAAGUUUGAAAAAUUUUACAAUUGUGAAUCGCGAAGUUUGGGUCACGUCGAAACGUCCGGCAAUCCGGACUGCUCUGGAAGCAUUUGGAAAGCAAAAAUACAAGUUGAACGUGAAAAAAACUCUUGCAGGGCUGGUAGAAGUAUUAACUAGAUUGCAAAAAGAAGCAAAACUUUACUCAUUGAUGUCAAAUUUAAGAUAAGGCAAAUUUGAUAUUUACUUAUUGCCAUGUUUCGCAGUUACACGUGUAAUUUACUCUUUUUUCUUUU